UGGACCAGAAUGGCGGGCCAAUAAAAGCGCCCGGCAACCACUGAUAACAACGUAGCGACGUCCUUUUUGAUAAUUACACAAGUGCAAGUGCCGAGCAAGGAUACGCGCGCGCCUUUUCAAAGUGUGCCAGUGUAGAGGAUGCGACAACUAUCAACAUAAACGUUUCACGGAGCCCAUUUUGUUGGCCAACUAUGCGAAUUUCAUGUUUCAAGGAUAUGUUGCCGGAAAUGUUAUCGUUCGAGUGGAUGCCAAUGUGGCCCUGUGUUAGUGUCUAAAAAAGCUAGAAACUUGCGUAAAAAGCAAAAGCAAAGAAAAAACAAGAUUAUGAUGAUGUUGUCGUUGUCGUUGCCCGAGGCGAUGAUGUCAUGGCAUUGUGCAGGCAGCAGCGAAAGUUUUGUUGUUGCUGUUGCUGUUGCUGGCAGCCGUCUUUUGGCCACAAACGGCACAUGAGCAAUCAUUUUGCGAACUGUCGGGCCGCAGUCAAGUGUCAUUAUCCUAGCGUGCGGCAUUGAAAGCAGUUUAAGUGAAAUAUACGCAUAAAGACAAACCAAACAUACAUGUGUACUCAAAUAUAUGCUCGAGUCGAGGAAGCAUAAUUAACAGAAGAGCCAACCCAAGCGCAAGUUUAAUUAACCAUUAAGGAUUACGUCGCCUUCGGCAUAGCAACCUAAGCGGCCCGCCCCAGCGGCUAUUGGAGAGGCAUAUACGAGUAGGGAACAAGGAACAGACAUCAGCAUUGAAAAAUGGAUUUAUUAAUUGUGUUAUGCUGCCUGCUGCUCGCCCAAAAUGCAGUUGCAGUGCUCGGACAGCUGGGCAAUGCUUACUACAACAGCAACAACAACAACAACAAUGGCAAUGACAAUGGCAAUGCCCCACCACUCACGCUGACACCAUCGUUGCCAUUAAUAUCGCAUUUUAUAAAUGACUCCUUCAUCAUCUUCUGCAAAACAGUACAAAAGGAUAUGGACACCAAGUGGCGUGAUCCCAAUGGCCAGACGCGCGAGAACACCAAGGGCCGUGUCCACAUUGAAAAGAAGACGGGAUUUCUAGCGCUGGUCUUUGAGCAUAUUUCACUCGCCGACAAGGGCAACUGGACCUGUGAAGCGGAUGCAGCGACGCAGGAUGCUAAAAAAUCCUUUGAACUGCUUGUUAAUCAGAAAAUCUCAUUUGACAAAACGGAACAAGUGCAAUCGGUGCGCGAAGGACACGAUGCCAUGGUCAAUUGCUUUGUAACGGGCGAGCCAAAGCCGGAAGUCUUCUGGCUGCAUAAUGGCGAAAAUAUAAACACUGUAAACUCGUCGAAACACAGACGUCUGUCGGACGGACUCUUCAUCAAGAAUGUUAGCCAAACGGAUGCCGGCGAGUAUACAUGUCGUGCGAUGCGUAUUACACCAACUUUUUCGGAUUCCGAUCAAAUAACAAUAUUGCUAAGGAUACAACAUAAGCCGCACUGGUUCUACAAUGAAACACUACCCGUACAGUACGCCUAUAUAGGCGGGGCCGUCAAUCUCAGCUGCGAUGCCAUGGGCGAGCCGCCGCCAUCUUUCACUUGGCAGCACAACGGCAAAGGGAUAGUGGGCUUCAAUCAUCGUGUGUUCUUCGCCGACUACGGCGCCACCCUUCAGCUCCACAUACGCAACGAAUCGCAGUUCGGGGACUACAAAUGUAAGGUGGGCAAUCCCUUGGGCACGCUCGAGCGCAUCAUUAAGUUGCGUGCGGGCGCCAAGCCAACGAGGCCAACCCGUUUCCAGAUAAAGCGCCUCUACACCGACGCCUUCGAGCUGGACAUUCGCGCCCCACGCAUGCCAAAUGCCACGGACGAGAUGCAAAUCUACGGCUAUCGAGUGGCGUACAUGAGCGAAAGCGAUUUCAAGUACAGUGCAGGCAACUGGAGCUACGCAAAGCAGCGAGACUUCUCCUUCCAUCGAGGCCAUCGAUUUAUAAUCUCCCAUCUGGAGGCAAAUACGACGUAUCUGAUGCGGGUGGCCUCAAGGAAUCUGGCCGGACUAAGCGAUUGGAGUGGUGUGAACAUUUUUGCAACUGCUGCAGGCUCCACCCGCGCACUGAUGAGCCUCUGGACAUGGCUUCUGCUGCUUCUGGUUCUCAUUUGGCAUUAGAGGGUUAGGCGGACGACCUUGUGCCCCACUCGAUUUCAUUUACAAAACAAAACAUAGCUCUAUUCAAUUAUUGUUGUUGUUGUUAAUGUAAUUGCUCUUUUUAUUAGGUAUACUAUAUGUUGCCCUGGGUUUGUGUAUCUUCUGUGAUAGCGAAUGAUUUGUGCAAUUCACUUAAAAAUAGAUUUAUUAAAUGCAUAUGCUUUUUGACAUUUACAGCCAGGCUUUGCAUUUCCCCUUCUCAUCCCGAGCCCAUUCCAGAUGUUUUUUUCUCACUUUUUCGAAAUGUUUUUAUACCCGUUGUCAUAAUACAAGUACAUACAUACAUACUACAUAUGCAUUGUCGACUCUUACAUUAAGUAAACGAAUAGUUAAAUGUAAAAACCUACAAACGAAGCAAAACAAACUCCACAUCAAUGUCGUUCGUGCAUAUUAAAGAACUAAAUAAAAAUAAAUAUACAAAUAAUAAAUAAAUGUAAUUUAAACAACAAACAGCAACUCACUUUGAUGAAUUUUACAAAAGUCCAAAUUAUUGAUACAAAAACAAACAUAAUUGAAAACAAACAAACAAACAAACAAGUAUUUAAAAUGGAUAAAAAAAAGACAAAGGCAUCGCGAAAUAAA